UUUUGGUUCGAAGGUGACAGCUGUUGUGUAAUUUCUGGGAACAGUGAGGUAAUUUCAAAUAUUAAUUCAGCAAGUCCAUUGUAAAAUGUGUUGUAACGUUAAAUUACAAUUAAAACACUAUAAAUAUUACGCAAAAAAUGUUAUGGGACAAUUCUUAGAUAGCUCCUAUUAUAAUCAACUUUUAUCGACAGUGUACUUUAAGCUGUAUCUGCAUUCAGCCACUGCAACAUUGCCACCAUGCAGUAGGAGUCAGUAUUAAUAAGGGAAGAUGUACGAAAAGAGUAAUAACGUGGUGAAGUUCCUGGUGUUUGUUUAGACCAAUGAACUAUGUGUAUGUGGUUUUGUUAAUCAAAAUAUUUCAUGCUGUGCGUACAUUGAAGUGAUAGUGAAUUUUCAAUUUAAGCUAACGGGGAAAAAUGAACUUUAGGAUUUCAUUCUUCUCGUCGCAAGAUCAUAUGUGAUAAUAACGAUGUGCCAAGGCAGCGGACACUCAGACGUUACCAUGACUUACAUCCGAAUGUGAGUCAAACUUGGAUCGCUUCGGCUGUUAUCAGCUGAAAAGAUGCUGCACCGUCUUACCGCAACAGCUGCAUUGAAGAGGAGGCCCUGCAGAUCCCCUCUUCGUUUUCGCGGCUGGAGUUAAAUCUUGAACUUCGGCUUUCCGCGACACGGCUCAUCCCUGAAAGCCGAAGUUAUGCCUUUAUUUAUUUUUUCCUGUCUGGAGAUAUCACAGAUGCUCAUUAUGUCCAAAAUAAUUUUGUACCCGACUUUGUGCAGCCAUUACAUUUACUGCAGAAUGGAAUUGGUGUCUGUUUCACGGGUGUGCUAACUUAUGGGGGUAUAAUUCAGAAGUCAAUAUAAAGUCAGCAUAACCCAAAUGUUUGCAACAUAGGCCAAGGCGAAGCCCGACACAGAAAAUAGAAGACCCUUAAACUUGGUGACUGGACCUUUAGAGCGACCUAACUGUCGUUACAGCAUAGGCGCCAAGUUGAAAUGCGGAGGCGUUUCGAGAACAACAGCGUAUAUUUUUCAUUACUUAAAUAAUAAAGCAGUCUGAAAUAAGAAUUUACACACAAUGGAAAAUCCUGUUAAAGAAGGGAUGGAAUCAACAGAACUUCCGGUAGUGGACAGUAAGAAAUGGCCUCAAUAUUUGGCAGCAAGUUUAGCCACGCUGUGUGCUGCAUGUGUGGGUACUGUCGAUGGCUGGACGUCACCAGCACUGCCUCUCCUGCAGGAUCCUCGGCUGUCACGAGGAUACAACUCUUCCAACAAUACCUUCCACUACAUAAUAACUGAUGAUGAAGCCUCUUGGAUCGGAUCUCUGGCACCCAUCGGAGCUGUAAUUGGUUCCAUACCUGCAGGCUAUCUGGCAAAUAUUCUAGGACGAAGGCAGUUGUUGCUAUUAUUGACUGUGCCCAUGUUGUUUGGAUGGGUGACAAUCAUCAUUGCUCAAGAUUCGGUGCCUUCAUUGUAUGUUGCUCGAUUCAUCUUGGGUAUUGCUUGUGGAGCUGCCACAGUGGUCACACCACUCUACAAUGAGGAAAUCGCCGAGGUUAGAGUCCGAGGCACUUUGGGCGUCAAUAUGGACGUCAUGUUUAAUGUCGGCAUCCUUUACAUAUACAUCAUUGGUGCUCUGGACUCAUACUUGUGGCUGUCCAUUUCUGCUUGUGUCAUUCCCACCAUAUUUUCAAUAACUUUCUUCUGGAUGCCUGAGUCACCCAUGUUUCUGGUCUCCAAGGGUGAAAUUGAUAAAGCUGAAGCAUCUCUACGCUGGCUUCGUGGUACAGGCAAAAUUAAAAGUCCUGAUAUCGAACGUGAACUAAGUCAGAUGCAGAAAUUUGUGAAAAAUUCUCUUGUAGAGGAAAGUAAAGUCACUGAAAACACCAGUUGCAGAGUUUGUAAUGAUUGCAUUGCAGAUCUUUCUAUUAAAUCACCAACAGCUAAAGCUGUCGGAAUAAUUUUUGGUUUGAUGAUUUUCCAGCAGUUGAGUGGUGUUGAUGCUGUUAUUUACUACACUGUAUACAUAUUUAAUGAUGCUGGAAGUAGUUUAUCUUCAUCUGUCUGCACAAUUAUAGUUGGAAUAUUGCAGCUUAUAUCCACGUAUAUACCAUCCCUUAUAGUUGACAGAGUAGGUAGACGCAUUUUGCUUAUUCUUUCAGAAUUAGGUAUGGCUGUGAGUCUACUGGUUUUGUCACUUCACUUCGUUAUGCAAAGUAAUAAUGUGGCCAUAUCAUUGGCAGGAUGGAUUCCAUUACUAGCUAUGAAUACAUUCAUCAUCGCCUUUUCAGUUGGUUUUGGACCAUUACCUUGGCUAAUAAUGGCCGAGUUGUUAUCAAGUGAAGCGAAGGUAUGGGUGAGUUCUAUGGCUAUGUGUCUCAACUGGAGUUUAACGUUUGUAGUCACUAAACUGUUUCCAAUAAUCAAUCGUGAUCUUGGACCAGCAAUUACGUACGGCGGCUUCUGCUGCAUUUGCAUAUUGGGAACUUUAUUUGUGGUGUUUUUUGUGCCAGAAACUCAGGGAAAGUCAAGGGAGGAAAUACAGCUUGAGCUAAUGGGAAAAUAAAUGUUAUAGGAAUCUUUAUUUUGAUAAAUAAUAUUAUUGACUACUGCUGUCUCUAAUCACCUGGAGGAUGUUAUUAUUUUUGUGCCUUCAAUCCAUAAUACAUUGUAGCACGUAUUAAAUUGUGAGUAAUUAUUCAAUCAAAGUAUGUAUAACCUCUUCAUAUUUCUUAUUUGUAUCCUGUAGUUCUAGUUUUGUACUUUUCUGUUUUACAUACAUUCAGUGAUCGUGUUACUGAUCACAUCCUAUGUAAGUAAUCGUAUUAUAUUUGCAGUUUUAAAUAUUUUCCUGAUCACGUGUUUUCCAAAUACUCGUAAUUCACCUCACAGACAAUUAGCUUAACACCUAUGCAAAACAAAUUUUGUCUGUCCUGAUCUUCAGCGUUUUAGGAAGAGAUGGGAGAUAAAUUUGAACUCAAUAAUAAGAAGUAUUUCUAUUUAGGCAUAUUAUCAUUGUUUCCAAACACAUUUUGAAGCAUUCUCAAAUUAUUCAUUGCAUAUAUUUACAUUGUGCUAUAUUAUAUAGGCCUCUAACUAUGUUGUUGAUUUUGGUUUAGUGUAGGGUUCAUAUACAUAAGAUUAUGUACUAAUGUCUAAGGCGGACAAUGAUAAAAACUCAAAAAUUUUUAGCCCUGACUUACUUCUAUGCAUUCUCUUUUAGAAAAAUAAAUAUGAAUUCUGUCAUAUUUACUUACAUAUCAGUUUUUAAGCGACUUGUAGCAGAAUUUCUGUGGUUAUUCUUUAUAGAAUAUUAAGUUUAUGUCGAUCGGAUGUAAUUUAUUUUGAUGAUUAAAAUAACAUGGAAUUAAGUCCUCCAUUUGAUUUUCA